AUGCCCGGAGCGGGCGUAUUUUGGAAACAAUACCGCGCGGUGCGCGGUGGCCUCCUCCCGCGCCAGCUCACGCCCACAGCAGUCGCUGCCCGAGCCCGCGCCACCGCCUCCCACCGCAGCCCGCUGGAGUUUGUCCCCUUCUUCCCAAUCGAGUGUGGGCGCCAAGUCCCCCGAGUGUUCGUCACCCUGGACCCUGGCGCAGAGCCCUGGCAUCACGACUCGGAGGCUGAGACGCUGUCCUGGAGUCACCCAGGAGACAUGGAGCCACCUCAGUGUGUGGAGGAACUAGAAGAUGAUGUGUUCCAGCCAGAGGAUGGGGAGCCAGGGACACAGCCUGGGAGCUUGCUCUCUGCUGACCUGUUUGCCCAGAGCCAGCUGGAUUGUCCCCUCAGUCGGCUUCAGCUCUUCCCGCUUACCCACUGCUGUGGUCCUGGGCUCCGGCCCGUAAGCCAGGAAGACAAGGCCACCCAGACCCUCAGCCCAGCCUCCCCAAGCCAGGGUGUCAUGCUGCCUUGUGGGGUGACAGAGGAACCCCAGAGACUCUUUUACGGCAACGCUGGCUACAGGCUUCCUCUCCCUGCCAGUUUCCCCGCAGGCUCAGCCCUUGGGGAGCAGCCCCCUGAAGGACAGUUCCUUCAGCACCGAGCAGAGGUACAGAUCGCCAGAAAGCUUCAGUGCAUUGCAGACCAGUUCCAUCGGCUUCAUAUGCAACAACACCAGCAGAACCGAGACCGAGCAUGGCGGCAGAUCUUCCUCUUCCUUCAAAACCUGGCCUUAAACAGACGAGAAAACAGGGAAGGGGUGGGUCCCUGGUGAGGCUGGGCUGCCCUUGUCGGAUGGAUCACCCGGAAUGCAGUCGGGAACAGACAUUCUGGGAGGACAGAUACUGUCUUGUCAAGUUUUGUCAUUCUGAAUUUUCUUUCCAUGUGUACAUAUUACAUACCCCAGGGAUCUUUUUUCCCCGUUCAGAACGUCUCCUGGGGAUGGGGGCCUUUGUCAAACACUGUUGAAGGAGAGGCAGCUGUGUCUGCUGGUAGAGUUCCUAAGGCUCUGAAGAUGACCAACUGGCGAUGUUCUCCAGGAAGUGAACUGAGGCUUGCUGCCGGAGCUGGUUACGUCAGGUGAGGCUCCCAGUACCAUCAGAUGUGCCAGUCUUGCCUCGUGCGUGCCUGACGGAAUCAUGGCUUUAACCCACCAGGAUCUUGCCUGGGAGCUUUCUGGCUAAGGACAGCCAUGCCUCGGCUAGCUAGCUUUACAUCUGGGUUCCCACUUGGCACAGCCAGUGCCCACCGCAUGGGCUCAGGGAUUCUUACUCAGUCGCUGUCAACCUCCAGAAGACCUCAGGGAGGGUUGGAAUUCACCAAGAACCCCUCAAAGGUGCCACAAAAAUGAAUCAAGCUUAAUAGGCUUCAAGUCUGACUCGGUCCUACAUGGAGACCCCUGGAUUGGUCCCAAGGGUGCAAACUGCUGCCACCUUUGCUGCCUGAGUGUCACCCACGUGGGAGCCAAGUAGCCAGUUACCACCAUGCUGUUGUACCAGCGGCCCGUGACUUCAUCAGCUUUGUUUUCAAAAGACUCUGCCAAUGACUGGACUGGAUUGGACUGCGUCCAGAUCAGCAGCAGCGCUCCGAGAUGCGGUGGGCUUGCUGGGGGCGUGGGAACCAAGCAGUCAUCCCACUGAUAAACCGGUCCCAGGGGAAUCCUAGACCUCUUGGUUUCCUUGGAAACGUGUACCUCCUCCCCCUCACCCCAAUUCCUUUUCUGUACCUAGUGGGAUACAGGAAGAAGCGAGGACAGUGGCUUUGUCAGCUGAAAAGCGACUUUGGAAGGAGCAGACGUGACUAUGGGACCUGCCGACUCGAGAACUGACACAUCUCGAAUCUUCUUCCUUCAGCUUUCAGCUAGGCCAGAAGGGAGAGUUCUAGAAGGAUCUCAGCUGCCUCCGACCUUCUUCCUUCUCUCCCUGACGCAGCGCUCAGGGAGGCAACGAUAAGCAGCUGAUCUUAGAAAUCAAGUCCUAACUUUUAUGUGUGUAAGGAAAGACAUUGGUGCUAAAAUGAAGGGGAGCCAAGGCUCAAAGAAAAGAUGGCUUCCUUGAGCAAAGGAGACCACGGGGUCAUUCCAGGAACUUGGAGGAGAAACUCAGAGUAGACUCUCGAAUUGAACAAGCCCAGUGACUCCAGUUUCUGCAGAGAGGGCUGGGGGCUUCAGUACCAUAGAAGGGCACCUGGUCUCCUGGGCGUACAGUUGGGCAGGUUUCUCACGGCACAAGGCUGCCUACAGAGAGGGCUCCUAGAGGCUGAAGUCCAGCCUGUGCUCUGCUCUCUAGGCUGCACAUCCUGAUGUGGGCUGGGUCUGCCCAGAGUUAGGGAUGGCUUCCUAAUUUGCACAGAGGUACUGUGUGUGCUCUCGGUGGUCCCGAGGAGGACCUUAAAGCAUGCGUACAAGCCUUUGUGCUUUUCUGCUCAGAUGACCUGGAGAUAUUACCUCUUCUUGGCCACAGUCAUUUUCUCAGGGUGUAUACCAUGGUUCGUCUGCUAAGAAAGUGGGUUCCUGUUUGCAAGGAGAGGGGAUCCAAGAAAUGAAUAUGAAGACUGGUUCCAAGGCACACUAAUUAUUGUGAAGCCCAGCCUUCCUACAUCCCACUCCCUCUGCCGUUUAGAUGUGUGUGGGACAUAUGUGGUCUGCCCCUUUCCUGAAUCAAGGCUAGGACAGGCAGGCAGGCAGGCAGGCUUCUGGUAUGUUCUUGGUGGUACAUGUGUGCCCUUCCCCAUACAGAACCUUGUACAUCAGUCACCUUUAACCUGACUUAGUAGACUUUCCAUCUGAGCUAAGACUUAGCUGUCGGCUUCAGCAACCUUGCCAGGUGCAGGCUGGGUACCCUGUGGCCUGAGAACUGAGCCCAGAGUUUGACCUGAACAUUGAGCCUGGGACCAGGCAGAAGCUGGUCAGAAUGCACUGUCUUCACUUUGGGCCGAACUAGGACCAACCUCACUAACUUGGGCAAGCCAGGGUGAAACUUAAACCCUCUUUUAUCUUCCACCAACCUGAAUCCAGGCUGGAGUUGAAGCUCAGAGAUAAAGGGCUUGCCUGUCAGUCAAGAGACCCUUGGAUAGAUCCCAGGACUGGAAAAUAUAAAUAAAUAAAAAUAUGCUCCCUCCCCCCACCCCCACCCCACCACCCCAAGAUCUAGGAGGCAGCUGGAAGCCCAGCUCAAGGAGGCAAGAGGUUCCCCCUGGCUGGUUGCUCUAAUUGGCCAGUGAUCUCUGCCUGGUGAAUUGGCUUUAGAGUCUCCCAGGACAGCCCCUCCUCUUUGCCUCUCCCCAACUCCAGGAGCCUGGCUGUCUCUAGUGAAGAGUGGAGAUUCAGAUUCAGAGGGAGGGAAGGUCUGACCUGUGUGGUGACCUGUAACCAGCUGAAGGCAGCAGGGCUUUUGUGGUGUGCUGAGGAUGGGGGUGGGAGAGGGGCUGGAAAACUCAGUGUCGAAAUAGCCUAGAGGAACAGAAGCCCCAUAUUCAGGGGCCGAACUGAUCUCCUAAUUCACAAUCCCCAGGGGCAUUUCUAAAAGCCAGUGAACAGAUCUGGAGGGGAACAUCCCCCCAGUCCAGUCACUGAUUCCCCCGGGGAGGCUGGGGUGGUACACAGGAGGGUGGGGGGUGGGCACUGUGCCUGGCCCUGUCUCUCUGUUUCAAAGUUUGGCUGUGCUGUUCAGUUGUCCCCAGUGGCCUUGUCUUGCUCAAUCAGAGGUGGAAAAAGAUCACCUCCCGGUGACCUCCUUCAGGCCCCAGGGGAUGGGCUGUGUCCAGAGCUGUGUGGCAGAGCUUGUCUCCAGGGUCCAGAGAGGCCCAGCUGGCCUGCCUUGCUGCCCCAGCCACGAAACCCAAGCCCAACCCCAAGCAUGGCAGGGAGUGGGUGUUGGGGACAGUCUAGCCAAGGCCUCUGUCUGCCCCAAGCUUUCCAGGAACUAAGUAGUGAAGUCACUGUGACCGUCCUGGUCAGUGAGGAGAAUAUUCUGGUGAGAGCUUCCGUUUCUGGGAACUUGAGAGGGAGUGGGUACGGGUGCAUGGAGUAGCAAAAGACCUCAGCCUUCGUGGCUCUGCAGGAUUUGGGGGAAUCAGUACUGUGGCCACCAUUCCCCCAGCGGAGCAAACUGACUCUGUGAAGAUAGGACUUGUGGAGGCAGGCUAUCCUGGCCUCAUACCCUGGCUGGACCCAGAGGGACACAGGGUGGAGCCACAGGCAUUUAAACUUUCUCUGGCUCCCUGUGGGCUGCAGGCCUAGGGGACAGAGCCUCACAGGAACAGCAGAACAAAGCUGGUCUCUUCCAUACGUGCCCAACUUUGGCCAAGGUGCUAUGAGAUACGUGGCCCCCAGCUUGCACUGCCCCUCUCUCUACAGCUGUCUGAUGUCCACCCCAUCUCUGGGUCCACAGGAAGUGACAUGGGGAGACCCAGUGAGAUGUAGCAUUUCCUCCAUCCCCAGUUCAGUUGUCAUGGGGUCUGGGCAUUUCUGCCUUAAGGAAAGGAAUGGGGACUGUUAUGUUUUAACCUGUAUAUAAUAUUUGACUGUUUUGGUUCUUUAUGUGUAUACAUGUGUAAAUACCCUCUCACCCAUCAAGUGGUACCGUUUUUAAUAAAACCAUUUAAAUCAG